GGGCUGGUGGGAGCUGUAGUUCUUCUUCCUGUUUCGGAGCCGGGCAGUCGUCGGCUGGUCCUUGGUGAGCUCCUCCUGGGUUUCGGGGUGCGGUGUUUGCCCUUCCUCUGCAUGGCCGGGAGCUGCAGAAUCAUCAGCGCCUCAAUAGCUCAGCUUCUGCUGAGGGGCCAGGGAGCUGCAGUGCUGCGGAGAGCAACGCCCGAGCUGCAGAGCUGUGUGUGGCCGGCAGGGAGGCUGUGGGCUUCAGCGCAGGCCAGCAGGAGGCUUCAGAGGUCCUUCUGCACCCGCAGCUACCAGAGUCCGUACGGUUCACAUGAAACUGAAGACUACUUUGAUUUACCAGAGUAUGAACCAGGGCCUGUAAAUAACGGACCAAGUAAGAUGUUCAUUGUGCGUGCUAGAGGGCUGCCAUGGUCUUGCACUGCUGAAGAUGUGCUCAGUUUUUUCUCUGGUUGCAAUGUGCGGAAUGGCAUAGACGGGGUGCACUUCAUAUUUAAUAGGGAUGGAAAACCGCGGGGAGAUGCAGUCAUUGAGUUUGAGACGGCAGAUGACUUGGUAAAAGCAUUAGAACAACACAAAAAGUACUUGGGACAGCGCUAUGUAGAAGUGUUUGAAAUGAGCCAGAAAGAUGCAGAGUCAUUGCUGCAGAGGCUGCAGGCUCCCAUGUCACCCACCACAUCCUCUUCUGUGUCUCAAGCUGCACAGUCAGUGGCUGGUGCCCCAAGCGAUGGCACGGUGCGCCUCCGCGGUCUUCCAUACAGCUGUAGCGAACAGGAUAUUGUCAAUUUCUUUUCAGGCCUGAGUAUAGCCGAUGAAGGCAUAACAUUUGUGUUUGACCACCGGGGGCGCAAGUCUGGAGAGGCAUUUGUACAGUUUAUUUCUGAAGAACAUGCAGAACAAGCACUUUUGAGACACAAGAAGGAAAUAGGCAGCAGGUACAUUGAAAUUUUUCCAAGCCGAAAAAAUGAAAUUCAAAAUGCUCGCUUCCUUGUUAGAAAAAGGAAAGGAGUCACUUUUGCCCCGACGAUGAAAGAACUUUAUGACCCAGACCUUUCCAUUAAUAAUGAAAAUAAAGAGCGGCAGUCUGACCUAGCCAGUGAGAACAAUCACAUGAAUGAUUAUGGGAAGGACAUGUCUGGGAAGGUUGUGGAUGCUAGUGAAUUCACAGUUGUAUCACCAGUCCAUGAUAUCCACAUUCGAGGUCUCCCUUUCCAUGCUUCUGGGCAAGAUAUUGCAAAUUUUUUCCACCCUGUGAUGCCACUGAAGAUAAAUAUUGAAUACAGUGCAGAUGCAGGAGGUACUUCUGGGGAAGCAGUAGUAAGAUUUUUGACCCACGAGGAUGCUGUAUCUGCCAUGGCCAAAAACAGAUGCCACAUGCAACAAGGAUACUUAGAACUGUUCCUGAAUUCGUCACCAGAUGGUAAAUGAAAUCUGUUUUGACAGUGUUGCGCACAUUAAAAAGGAAGCUCAAAUAAUUUCUCCACCUCCUGACAUUAGACUGUAUAAACACUUCUAUUUUCUUUUAAAUGGCUGUUUAAAAGAUUGGACCUUUAUUUUAAAUACUUAUAUCUAUAUAUUUGUUACCUUGCUGAAUGUAAGAAGAUAACUGGUACUAAUUCAGCGGACACAAGGAUUCUUCAAGAGAGUACCAAUCCAACAGUACUUAUUGGCCUGGAAGGAAAUAUUUCAGUGGAGUGGAUUCAAAUUAGAAGCCAGCAGCAAGUUCUUAUUUCAUCAAAGUGCCUAAGAUAAUACUGAGAACACAGUUCUUGGAAAUGAGAGAAAACUAGAGCAGGGAUGCUCAACCUGCGGCCCUUCAGCUGUUGUAAAAUGACAACUCCAACCAUGCCCCGCUGUAGGCUGUCCAGACAUGCUGGGAGUUGUAGUUUUGCAACAGCUGGAGAGCCGCAGGUUGGGCAUCCCUGAACUAGAUGUUGUACAUAGGCUUUUAGAUGUCUAGACAGACACUGGUAGGUGGUUCAUUGAAUGGUCAGCUGUCUUGUUUACUCCUCAUUCAAGAACGGCCAUGUCUGGUGGGUUCACUCCUUGCAUAGUGGAUUUGUAAUUGGUUCUAAAUUUAAUAAAAUAGUUACAUUUAUUUGUAGUAUUUUUGGGUGGGAAUAAACUAUGACUAU